AUGCUCGUCUCUACCCUCCUCGCUGCGUUCGCUGUCGGCUGCGCUGCGGCGCUGCCGUCCGUUGCCCCCAACGACGCCGGGGACAGCCUCAACGACGCCGCCGCUCCCCACAACCUCACGUUCCGCGACAUCGACACACGCUUCACCGUGCCCAACGCCCUCAUCGACUGGUACGCCGACAACUCGAAGCCGUACGAGAACCGCGCGACAUGGUUCCCGUCGGCCAAGGUGCGGACCGACCUGUGGAUCUUCCAGCCGAGCGGGGCGCAGAUGCGCAACAGUGUGCUCCUGCAGUCCAACUUGGCCUCGUCCGAGACGCAGAUGAGCGGCCGGUGGGACCUGCCCGUCGGAUACAACUACCAGCUUGUGUUGACUGUCGCGGGGGACAAGGACCCCGGCCAAGACCAGCAGGAGACGCACUCGCGCGAGUGGGGCACGGUGUGGGGUAACCCGUCCGGCGCGAACGCCACGGCGAGUUACUCGGCCCAGGUCGCCAUCGAGUCGGGCAACGGCACGUCGCCGGCAGUGGGGGGGCAGAAGCCUGUCGUGUUUGGGUAUCCGUCGGCCAAGGACACUUGGGUCGCGCACAGCGCUGGAAACUCGGCGUCAUGGGCGCCAGCAGUCGGCGUCCCAACAGACCUGUGGCUCAAGCCGUGGAACUGGGCCUCGUCGGCGCCGGACCCCGUGCUCGUCGCCUCCGGAAUCAACGCAACUGCCGCGCGCGCGAACGCCGGCGCCUCGCCACUGCCAGUCGGCAAGAGCUUCGUCCUCGUCCUCACCCGCGCUGGGGAGCAGACCUCUGUCCUCGCCACGAGCCAGGCGUUCGAGAUCACCGCCAAGGCGACCGACCCGGCCAAUAUGGUCGCGGCGGGCGCGUUGGACCUCGCGGCGCCAGCUGCUGCGGCGGCGCUCGUCGCUGCGUGUGUUGUUGCCGCGGCGUAG